GAUACCCACUGCCAGCCUACAUCGGCUCACACAAGCCCCGCAUCUCCUUUCUCCAGCCUCGCUCCGUCUGGUGCUGUGGGCCCAACAUGCAGGCGUGGUUCUCCUCCGGCUCCGGGCCCUCCUCCUCGUCGGCGGCGUCCUCGUCCCAGCCGUCGCUGCUCGCGGAGUGGAACUCGUACGCUGCCGCCCGCUCCGCCGAGGACGCGGGCGAUGGCUUCGGGAUCGACAUCGAGGCGGCCGUCCGCUCCGCAAACGACCGCGUCGCCGGCACCUUCGGCGUGGUCUCAAAAGGUGUUAAAGGGUUGCCUGGCAGCUUUAAGUCCACAACAAGCAGUGUUCCAUCUGGCAAAUCUCUCAUGUAUUUCGGUCUGUUUCUUGCUAGUGGUGUGUUCCUAGUUUUCAUCGCAUUCACGAUAUUUCUUCCAGUCAUGGUGAUAAUGCCACAAAAGUUUGCAAUAUGUUUCACGGUGGGAUGUGCCUUCAUAAUCGGAUCAUUCUUUGCGCUGAAAGGGCCUAAGAAUCAGCUGUAUCAUAUGAUUUCCAAAGAGAGACUACCUUUCACCGUGGGAUUUGUCGGGAGCAUGGUUGCUACCAUCUAUGUGUCAAUGGUGCUUCAUAGCUACAUACUUUCUGUUUUCUUCUCCGUGCUUCAGGUCCUUGCUCUAGCAUAUUAUGCCAUCUCAUACUUCCCUGGUGGAUCUGCUGGAAUGAAGUUUCUAUCAUCCGCCCUUGUGUCCUCAGUGUUGAGAUGCUUUGGGCGAUAAGUUCACCUGACUGCUUCUUUCCUGUGCUGAUUGCAGAAUUUCUAGUCAAUGAUCUAGCACACCUUUGUGGCGUUGUCUUCAUAAAUUGUGCAGCUUCAUUACUUCCAGAAGUUUGAUGCCAUUUUGAAAGCACUGAACUCAGCUAUUUGGUAACUUGAUGAUUUUGAGGAAAGGAUGUUGCUGGACCCUGCCAGCACUAGUCAGGAGAAAAAAAGAAUGUAGUAUUCAGUUGCCUGCAUAUUGGAUUAUUGGUGCCACAACAGCUUAGUCUAAAAUUACAUUGUACAGAAUAUGUCACCAAACACUGGGCCACAAUCUAUGCUCAUUCAUGGCAGAGGAGCGAAUUACAUGUAUGCUUCAUGUUCUCAUGCUAUAAACUGAUCCUGUCCCUACAUUCUCCUGCUGGGAUAAAGUCCACAUCGCCACCACGUGUUUAGUUUC